AUGGGUGCGAUGCAACGCGUUGGCCCACCCAUGGGCGCUGGCCCGCCAGGCAACGCAGUUGUUGGCGUCGGCGGCAUGAUGGGCGCUGGACAACCGAAUGCGCCACAACGCGGUGGCGCUGGCGGCGGCGGAGGUGGCGUCCCACCCCAAGUCAACUCCGCACAAAUCCAAAAGAUGCUGGACGAAAAUUGUGGCCUCAUACAGACCAUACAGGACUUUCAGAACAUGGGCAAGUCGCAGGAGUGUAUGAGCUAUCAUGUGGCAUUGCACAGAAAUCUCGUCUAUUUGGCACAGUUGGCCGAUCCUGCUAUGAAUAUAUCCCAAAUAUUGCCGCCGCCGCACGUUUUACAAACGCAGGCCAUGCAGCAGGGUCAGCCGCCACCUGGGCUGAUGGGCGUGCCGCCGCCUCAACCGCAGCAGCAACAACAGCAGCAGCAACAGCCGCCACAGCAGGUGGCACCCCCGCCCGGUGGUGUCAUUCAAGCUCAAAUGGCGGCUGGUAUGCCACCCAUGCAACAUGGGGGCGAUUCUGGCGGUGGCGGCACCGUUGUCCAAAUGCCCCCCUAUGCCAAUCAACAGCAGCAGCAGCAGCAACCGACGCAUCCCGGCAUGCCGCCCAAUGCCCAGCAACAGCAACAACAGCAAUCUCAACAACAGCAGCAGCAGCAGCAACAACAACAACAGCAGGCGGCAGCUCAGGUCCAACAGGCGCCGCAGGUCAAUCAGGCGGGCAAUCAACAGCAACAACAACAGCAGCAGCAGCAACAACAACAGCACCAACAGGGUCCGUAUCGCACACAGGGCCAGGGUGGACUUCCCAAUGCCCAGCAACCCACAGCGGUCACAAAUGCAGCGUCCAAUCAGCAGCGUCCCAACAAUGGUCCAUUGCCGCCUGGCCAGAAUCAACCGCAGCAACAACAACAGCAGCCACCACCACCACAGCAGCAACAACAGGCACCCAACCAACAGCAACAACAACAGACGGUGGUGCCACCACCACAGACACAAUAUCGAGUCAGCUACCAACAACAACAGCACGGUCACUAUCCUGGCUAUCCGCCGCAGUCACAACCACAAUAUCAGCCACAGGGCGCUUACCCGUAUGGUCCGCCCACUCAGGGAUACGGCCCGCCACCGCCGCCUAAUGCUCAAACUGGGUACCACCAUGCAGGCAUGCCACCCACCUCGUCGGCAAGUGGUGCACAUGCCUAUCAACCGAAUGCGGCGGGUGGACAGCAAGCGCCGCCACCUGGUGCGUAUGCACCACCGCCGCCCAGUGGUCAGCAGGUGCCGCCUGGUGGCCAGCAGCCGCCGCCACCACCACCGGGACAAAUGUACGGUCCACCGCCAACUGGUGCUGGACAAGCGCCACCGCCUGGUGCGCCGCAAAAUGUUCUAGCUAAUCAGUAUGGGCCGCCGCCGCCACCAAAUGCGGGUGGUGCACCACCACCACCACCCAUGGGCUAUGCCAGCUAUGCGCCCAACCAGUAUGGUCAAGGAGCCGGUGGCGCUGCACCACCCGGCAACUAUGGACCACCUCCGCCGCCACCCACAAGCAAUGCACAGUCGCCGUAUCAGGCAUAUCAACAGGGUGGUGCAACUGGUGGUUAUCCGGGUCAGCCACCACCACCACCAAAUGCUCAGCAAGCGACCAGCGUAGCUGGAAACGCAGUUGCUCCACCACCUCCGAGCAGCUACAGCACAGCACCGAGUCAAACGCCACCGCCAGCACAACAGCAGGGUAAUCAACAACAACAACAACAACAGCAGCAGCCAGGUGCCAAUAAUCCGAAUGGGCCACAAACACCGCAAUCGACACCGCCGCCACCGCCUACAUCGGUGGCCAACCAACAGCCACCCAGCGCACAACAGACGCAAUAUGCACCACCGCCACAACAGCAGCAAGCACAACAAUUGGGCGCCGUCGUUUCUGGUGUGGCACCAUUGCCGACACAACAACAGCCCACAUACUCAACACCGCCGACCACUUUGUCAGGCGGACCAUAUGGUGCACCACAACCCACACCACAGCAGCAGCAACAAGGAGGACCACCACCAACUGGACCACCGCAGCAACAGCAGCAACAACAACAGCAGCAGCCACCGCCAAGCGGUGGUCCACCCAACACAACAGCACCACCACCACCGCCGAAUGGUGCUGCACCGCCGCCCAUGCCGCCAAAUCAAUAUCAACCAGCGCCGGGUGGACAACCCUAUGGUGCACCACCGCCACCACCACAAGGCUAUGGACCGCCGCCACCGGGCAGUACGUACCCGGGCCACGCCUACCAUCAGCCACCGCAGGCGGCUGGUUAUGCACAAUACCCUCCGUCGCAGGGCUAUCAGGGCUAUAGACCAACUGGAGCACAAAUGCCACCACCGGGGGCACCACAGGGCCCACCGCCAGCUGGCGCCUAUGCCUAUUAUAGUAAUCAGCCGCCGCAGUGAGACGCGGGUGGCGCCGGCGUACGCAAACCACCGGUGGCUCUGAUGGACAACAUAACGUACGCCUGGCGUGAAACCACUCCCAAGUAGAAGAAUAUUUAAAAAAGAGCAAAGGGUAUAUAAGAGGCGGGUGGGUGUGUUCUCUGUACCCCCCACACUUUUUAAUUUUAUUUUAUUCUGUUUUACAUUUUGGCUUCUCAUGUUACAGUGCAUCCUGAGCCGAUCGAUGUGGAUGUUGCCUCCAAGAACGGUCUUGGGGGGGGCACUUUCCAAGCCUCUAGCACUAGACAUGCAAUGGGCGAAAGCCUAGCUUAGACGCGUCAGUGUGCUGCUGUCCCUAACACCAAAUCCAUGGUCUGAAUUCUCUUUGUUUUUAAACACACAUAUAGUAUAUACAUAUAUAUAUAUAUAUAUAUAUUCAGCAUGUAUCGACGCAUUAGCUAGUUUUGGUAAUAUUAGGUAUUCCCUAUUACUCUAAACUAGGCUUUUUCCCUACCAUACUGGGUAUAUAACUCUAGAAAAAAAUAUGUGAUAUUUCCCCAUACAAAAAUGAUUUUGAGACUUCAUUUUUGUAAAUGGGAAAUUUUACAAAUUUUUAAUUUUAUUUAAUUCCAUAUUUUUUAUACAACUAUUUUUCUGCGUUUUAUACCCAGCUUUAUAUAUUUAGCUGUAGUUUGUAAGCGCAUAGAGAAACGAGGAAAGUAAUAGUAGUAGAUGAUGAAAGAAACUGCAGGGACAACAAAUUUUAACUGUGGGGAAGAGAAAGCAGCUGAAGAUGAAGAAUUAUUGUAUUGCAUAAUGUUUAGGGAUAUUUUUGAUUUUUUUUUAUAUGCAAACAAAAACGUACUAUAUAUGUUAUGUAUGUAAAUGUAAUCUAAGUUAAAAGCACACCUAAUGUUCGUAUUUUGUUUAUACUUUAUAAUAUAAUUUAAAUGAAAUUUA